UCUCCCUCCCCCACCCCACCCCCACUCAAGUCCUGCGGACCUGGGGGCUUCGGGAUCUGGGCGCUAUGAAAAGUGUCUGCUCAGUCACUUCCGGUUUUUCUUCCCCCAAUCCCUCAGCUGCUGCUGCUGCUGCUCAGGAGGUCAGAUCUGCCACUGAUGGUAAUACCAGCACCACUCCGCCCACCUCUGCCAAGAAGAGAAAGUUAAACAGCAGUAGCAGCAGUAGCGGCAGUAACAGUAGUAACGAGAGAGAAGACUUUGAUUCCACCUCUCCCUCCUCUUCCACUCCUUUACAACCCAGGGAUUCGGCAUCCCCUUCAACCUCGUCCUUCUCCUGCCUGGGGGUUUCAGUGGCUGCUCCCAGCCACGUACCGAUACAGAAGAAGCUGCGUUUUGAAGACACCCUGGAGUUUGUAGGGUUUGAUGCGAAGAUGGCUGAGGAAUCCUCCUCCUCCUCCUCCUCAUCUUCACCAACUGCUGCAACAUCUCAGCAGCAGCAACUUAAAAAUAAGAGUAUAUUAAUCUCUUCUGUGGCUUCGGUGCAUCACGCAAACGGCCUAGCCAAAUCUUCUACCACCGUCUCUAGCUUUGCUAACAGCAAGCCUGGCUCUGCUAAGAAGUUAGUGAUCAAGAACUUUAAAGAUAAGCCUAAAUUACCGGAAAACUACACAGAUGAAACAUGGCAGAAACUGAAAGAAGCAGUGGAAGCUAUCCAGAAUAGUACUUCGAUUAAGUACAAUUUAGAAGAACUCUAUCAGGCUGUGGAAAAUCUCUGUUCUUACAAGAUUUCUGCAAACUUGUACAAACAGCUGAGACAGAUUUGUGAAGAUCACAUCAAAGCACAAAUUCAUCAGUUCAGAGAGGAUUCAUUGGAUAGUGUUCUUUUUCUAAAGAAGAUCGAUAGAUGUUGGCAAAACCAUUGCAGACAAAUGAUCAUGAUCAGGAGCAUUUUUUUGUUUCUGGAUAGGACUUACGUUCUUCAAAAUUCAAUGCUACCCUCCAUUUGGGAUAUGGGACUGGAGUUAUUUAGGGCUCAUAUUAUAAGUGAUCAGAAAGUCCAGAAUAAGACAAUUGAUGGCAUUCUUCUUUUGAUUGAGAGGGAAAGGAAUGGUGAAGCAAUUGAUAGAAGUUUACUCCGAAGCCUUUUAAGCAUGCUCUCUGAUUUGCAAAUUUAUCAGGAUUCUUUUGAACAACGAUUUUUGGAAGAAACUAACCGACUCUACGCAGCCGAAGGCCAAAAAUUAAUGCAGGAAAGAGAGGUUCCUGAAUAUCUUCAUCAUGUUAACAAACGUCUAGAAGAAGAAGCAGACAGACUUAUUACUUACUUAGAUCAGACCACCCAAAAGUCAUUAAUUGCUACUGUGGAAAAACAACUUCUAGGUGAACACUUAACAGCGAUUCUUCAGAAAGGUUUGAAUAACCUCCUUGAUGAAAACCGAAUUCAAGAUUUAUCUCUCCUGUAUCAGCUCUUCAGUAGAGUUCGAGGUGGCGUGCAGGUUCUCUUGCAGCAAUGGAUUGAAUACAUUAAGGCAUUUGGUAGCACUAUUGUAAUUAAUCCUGAAAAGGAUAAAACCAUGGUUCAAGAAUUGCUGGAUUUUAAAGAUAAGGUUGACCAUAUAAUUGAUAUCUGUUUCCUGAAGAAUGAAAAAUUUAUCAACGCCAUGAAAGAAGCAUUUGAAACAUUCAUUAACAAAAGACCAAACAAACCUGCUGAACUUAUAGCUAAGUAUGUAGAUUCAAAGCUUCGCGCAGGCAACAAAGAAGCUACAGAUGAAGAACUUGAGAAAAUGUUGGAUAAGAUUAUGAUUAUAUUUAGAUUUAUCUAUGGCAAGGAUGUUUUUGAGGCCUUCUAUAAGAAAGAUUUAGCCAAGCGCCUGUUAGUUGGGAAGAGUGCAUCUGUGGAUGCUGAAAAAUCAAUGCUGUCCAAACUUAAACAUGAAUGUGGAGCUGCUUUCACCAGUAAACUUGAAGGAAUGUUUAAAGACAUGGAACUUUCUAAAGACAUCAUGAUUCAGUUCAAACAGGUAAAAUAUAUGCAGAACCAGAAUGUACCUGGGAAUAUUGAAUUAACUGUGAAUAUCCUGACGAUGGGUUAUUGGCCAACAUAUGUGCCUAUGGAAGUUCAUUUACCACCAGAGAUGGUAAAACUUCAGGAGAUUUUCAAGACCUUUUAUCUAGGCAAACAUAGUGGCAGGAAACUUCAGUGGCAGUCAACCCUAGGACACUGUGUGCUAAAGGCAGAAUUUAAAGAGGGUAAAAAGGAACUCCAGGUCUCUCUUUUUCAAACACUGGUGCUGCUAAUGUUUAAUGAGGGAGAGGAGUUCAGUUUAGAAGAGAUCAAGCAGGCUACCGGAAUAGAGGAUGGAGAGUUAAGAAGAACACUGCAGUCAUUGGCUUGUGGCAAAGCUAGAGUUCUGGCGAAAAAUCCAAAGGGUAAAGAUAUCGAAGAUGGUGACAAGUUCAUUUGUAAUGAUGAUUUCAAGCACAAACUUUUCAGGAUAAAGAUCAAUCAAAUUCAGAUGAAAGAAACGGUUGAGGAACAAGCAAGCACCACAGAAAGAGUAUUUCAAGACAGACAGUAUCAAAUUGAUGCUGCAAUUGUUCGAAUUAUGAAGAUGAGAAAGACACUUAGCCACAAUCUUCUUGUUUCAGAAGUGUACAACCAGUUGAAAUUUCCAGUAAAGCCUGCUGAUCUUAAGAAGAGAAUAGAAUCUUUAAUUGACCGGGACUACAUGGAAAGAGAUAAAGAAAAUCCAAACCAGUACAAUUAUAUUGCAUAAAAUGUUGGCCUUGGAGCAUUUGGUGUCAUAAGCAGUAGCCAGUGGAUAAACUAACCUGUUAUUAUUUGACUUCUUUUAUACUACCAAUGACCAAAUGAAGCAGUGUAAUGGAAAUAGUUGAGUGACUUUUCAGUGGUUAACAUGCCCAUUUAAAGAGUAAUACUUACCUUUAAGAAGAAUGUUGUUGAACUCUUUGCAUGUUAUUUAGUAUGAUGUGCAGAAAACUCUUAAGAAAGUACCUGGUCUUCAUGAUUCCUAUUUGGAACUGGGGAAGAGGUCCCUAUGGCUAUUAAAAAAAGAGGAGGGGGGUUCUUAUACACCAUUAAUUAUGAAGCAAAAGGUUUAUUUGCUUAAAAUGUCAUUUAAAGAUACUUAAACUGCAUGCAAACUUUAUUUACUGUACAGAGUUCUGGAUGUAUUUAUCAAAUAGAAAAACCACCCUGGACUUGGUUGUUCACCUGUUUUGUGAUUUCCCUUGAAGAGAAAAAUAAGUUGUCAUAGCUAUUGAUAUUUUACUAAAUAAUGUUCUGUUACACUGAAAGGGAUGAUUUUAAAAAUUUUAUUUGGAAACAAGUUUUCAAGCAGAGGGACAGUUGCUUACAUAGUCUUGUAUACACACAUCCUAAAAUGUUCCCAUGGGAUGUGUGUAUAUGGUUCAGCCCUGAGUUUACUGUGCUGAUUAACAGGUACUUAUAAAAAUAGCUGAAAUAGAAAAUUGCUGGUCAGUUGUACUAGAAGAACAUGGUAGGAGAGAAAAAUCCAACUCUUUCUUCAUAUUAAAAAUGAAUAUAAUAUGAACAUCGCAAAAGAGACCAAAACCCACGUGUUUUGUAACUUUUUACAAGAGCAAAAAUUCAUAAACUAGUUUUCAACUUCCUUUAGACUUUAAUGUUGUUUGGACAGUUUUGUCUUUAACUUGGACCAAUUGUAGAUUGUUACAGGCUUCCUGGGACUUAGCAUUCCUAUUUUCUCUACCAAAGUUUUUUUUUUUUUAACAUCUUUAUUGGAGUAUAAUUGCUUUACAAUGGUGUGUUAGUUUCUGCUUUAUAACAAAGUGAAUCAGUU